AUGAUCAUGACGUCGAUCGACUGCAGAGAUGUGGAGAGCACAAAGAAUCUGCUGAGCAGCCCGGUGACGUCGCCAUCGGGCGAGGGCGGUGACGUUGUCUGCGGUCUGUCCGCCACAACGAGCGAGAGCUCCUCGCAGCCGACCUCAUGGACCAGCCGCCGCGACUCCCCCGGCUGCAAAGGCGGCUGCGGCUUGACGUCCUAUAUGCCGAUCGUGGACGAGGAGGAUUGCCCCGCACAGGACUCCUCAGACGGCCGCACAUCAUCAUCGUCAGAGGAGGAGGAGCCGCAGUCUCCGCUACCAGCCGCACGCGUGAAGGCGUAUCACAAGGCCGCCUACGAGCGCCAGGUGCACCGGUGGCAGCAGGUGGAGGCCUUCUACAUGAAGCACGAGGGCUGGAGUGAACACCGCGUGAUUCUGCUGCUGCAGGAGGCCUUCCGCAGCAGCUACGCAAACCUAAAGAGGGCCCGUGACGCAGGGACGCUGAGCGAGACCGUCUUCGCCGCCCGCGCCGCGGAGAUGCGCAGCUCGCUGGCGGCCAUCAAGAAGGAGUAUCGCCGCACCCUGGAGCGGACGAAGGAGCGCAACGGCGAUCUCUCCAGUAUCGCGAGCAAGGCGGUCACCUGCAUCGCCUCCGUCUACCCGUGGAGCAGCGAGGGCUUCGUCUUGGGCUUUGAGGAGAACUUGAGGUACGGCGACCUCGCCGGCAUCUCAAGGGACAGCGCCCGUCGUGGAGCCACACUGACCUCCCCCACCGUGAGCAGUAGAAUUCCGGUCACGGCGCUGCCAUCGGUGAAGACGACCGCGGUGCCGAUGCCAAAGUUGGAGCUCCAGUUGGCGGAGAAGGACGGCGACGAGGGCGAAGAUUUGGGCGUCGCGGAGAGCGUAGUGGGGUGCGGCCGGGCACGGCGUGCGGCGACACCACGGGUGAUGCUGAGACCGCUGCCACCGCGCUGUCGUCUCUUCCAUCCCCAGGCCGCGGCGGCGGGUGGGGUUGGCUCUCCGUCGGCGUCGCCCGCGCAUUCCACUGCCCCGACGACCGUUUCCUUUCUGUCUGCCUCCCCGCAGUUCGACAGCCUGACGCUGAGUACCAUGGCCCUCUCACCGUCUCCCACCGGUCCGCUCUCGCCCGUGCUGAUUCCGCCCCCCUCCGUCGCUGGGCCACUCCGUCCUGGCGAGGCGCGCUUCUUGGAGAAGCGGCAGCUGUUGGUACAGGGGAUGGCCUUCGUCUCGUGUUCGCUGGCGUCGAGCUCCUUCAUUGCGAGCCGGCGUGCGGCCAUCGCGGCGUCCACGAUGCGGCUGCGUCUCGGUCAGGCGAAGGAGAAGGAAGAGGAGGGCUGCGGCUCGCCGGUGGGGUCUCCAUCUGGUGCGUACACGGUGAAGAGCGAGGCACCCCCUCAGACGCAGCAGCAACAGCACGCCGUGGCUGCUCCAACGCUGCCGACGCGUUACACGGCGGAGGUGAGUCCCGUGCCGCGUGAGGCGGCCGUCUUCGACACAAACUCGAACAGCAUCACGCGGCGCAGCAACCCGAGCAGCACGACGUGGGGCACUGUCCUUGGCAAUCCAACGUCUUACAGAGAUCCCAGCGGCCCUGUGGCGGCGAGCGGCCUUCCGGACACCGUCACCCGGCCUAGUGUUCCGAACACCAAGAUCAACACGAACAGCGGCAACACCCUUCUUACCCGCAACCUCACCUCCUACAUGGACCCAACAAGCAGUGGCGUCCCUGCGCGCGGUCAGCCGCACAGCUACUCGACACGAGCCAACACCGGCCCGAUCGUGAAACAGCGGCACCCCCACAGCUACACCGGACGCAGCGUCGGCUCCCCCAUGCGCAACGCGAAGGCUACGUCCGCUGCAACAAACAUGGCGGCACCGCCGUACGUGUCCGCAGCGUGUUCCACCUUCCAUGUGGAUGCGCCACAACGGGGGGCGACGGUGGUGGGACUCCCGACGUACGUGCAGGCUAUGCCGACACCUAGUGAGCACUCCGCCGUCUACACAGUCUCUGCUGGUCACCCGGCUCCGGCGGCCGUUCCGCCGCCGCCGCCGCCUUGCUACGCCUCUCACGUACGCAGAGACCGCAUUUGCGUGCCGUCAGCUUCGUUUUGUGGCCCCUACGCAGCCAUGACUCCGGUGUGCGUGGCGGAUGAUCAGUACGUGAAGGAGCUGUGGUAA